AUGUUAUCAAAAAUUAACAUCGUCAGCAAAGUAUUGCAAAAUCAAAAGAUGCAAAUCGAUUUGGCCACGAAGCAUCUGAAAGGUCUUAAAGGGGAAAAACGGAAAUUAUUCAAUUAUGAAGGACAGGAUGAAUCAUCAGCGAUCAACAACGAAGAAUACUUCCGUGUACAUUACUUUUUAAAAAUAAUAGAUACUGCAUUAGUAUCCUUUAAAAGUAGAUUCGAAUUAUAUGCAAAUCACCAAAAUAUUUUUGGUUUUCUACACAUGAAUGAGAUUGGGAAUUUAGAUGAUGAACAUUUAUUAAAGUGUUGUCAAGAUCUUCACUUACAUUUGGAAGGAGAUUUCGACGGAACUGAAAUGUUUGAAGAAAUUAGGAUGUUCCGGUCAAUAACGCAAACCAAUUAUUCGACUUUAGAUUCAAUGAAUUACAUUGUAAAGAACAGUUUCUCGGAAGCAUAUCCAAAUUUAUUAAUCGCAUUACAAAUUAUGUUAACGAUGUCAAUAACCGUGGCUUCAGCAGAACAUAGUUCCUCGCGAUUGAAACUAAUAAAAAAUUAUCUCUGA